AAACAUUUAAACCCGUCAUUAUGUCAAAAUUGGAUGUCCCAAAACAAGAAGAUAAAGGUACAUGGAGAAAGAGAUUUAUAACACGUUUAGAUAAGAUUGCGGAAGAUGACGCGUAUAAUGAACAACAAAGAAAGUUGGCGAUUCGCUUGAAAGGAAAGUCAAGACAGUUCUACACGGCCAAAGGAUGGUUUCGUUCCCUCCGUGUAGUUACUGUCGGUGUCAUUACUAGCCAAGGAUGGUUUCGUUCCCUCAACCCCUCGUCUGCAGAUACUUUCUGGAACCAUAUUGAAAAAGAGAAAGAAGAUUUACGUGGAAAACGAGAGAUUGUGAAUAAGACUAAUUCAGUACUCAACAAUACAGAAAUAGAAGCCCUAGAUCUAUUAGAUACUGCACGCACAGAAAAAACGAAAGAAAUUUUGAGCUCAUUGAAGCGGAAACCUGAAAACGAAGUGCCCGGCCAUGCACACUCCUUCAUCAUAUGUGAUCAUGAUGAUAAAAUAAAAGCAUUAUUCAGUAAAGAAGACCGGAAAGAACUCACGAAGAAGCCUUCACUGCCGUCCGUUGAUUAUGAAAUUGGAAAAGAAUUGGCCAAGUACAUGAAAGAAGAUCUUGUUGAACUUCGCCAAGAAGUGAUGUGCAAUUUCCUGAAAGAUAAAGAAUUUUAUGAUCCAAAGAAGCAUUACUUAAAAGAAUGGAUCCAAGUUACAUUGAGACAUCUGUGCAAUCUUUAUGAAAAUCCAUCUGCUCCUUUGUGCCGGGAACA